CGCAUCCGUAUACCUGUGUGCGCAUACGACGAAGCAGUUUAAUAUAAGCUUGAACGGGAAGGGUUUUUAUACCAUUCAAUCAAGUGGUGCCGAUCCGACGUUUGUAUAAUUUGUAGCACAGAAGUGAAAGAGGUAUAUUCUCAAUUUGCCGCGAGUGGUUUUUUGACUAUUGUUUAUGCAUAUAGAUAAUUACGAUGCCGAGACGAUACGGAUUCUGCGGUUGUUGGUUCGUCGUUAUGAGUUUUGCGCUUUGCUACACGUGCGGCUCCGAAGACACGAUUAUCCCAAAUCAGGCACACCGUGAUCACCGAUUCUUUCUUCAGCAAAUUUUCGAUAAGUACGGAGACAAGGGCAUCAUCACUUUCGAGGGCUUUGAACAUCUGCUGGAGAACCUUGGACUCGGGCGGUUGUCAUUUGAAAAGAACCACAACGUCUCGACGCACCGUAUAAACGGCUCUUUCCAAGAGUUGCACGACGCCCUCCAACUUCACGACCAUCGCCACGGCGCCCAAGAGCUUUCCGAGCUCUACGGGGACGAUGACGUGGGUUACCAGGAUAAGGCGCACUUCGUCAAGGCCGAUGAGGUCUUCGCCAAAGCUGACGAUUUCUUGACAUCCGAAAGAAACUUUGGACAAUCCACCACGAGGAUCGUAAAGAGGAACAUAGCUGAAGAAACAUCCGGAGAACGAGUUGAGCCGUAUGAGGACAGUCUGUGUCUCUCGCAUCAAGCCCUGCUCCAGACUUUUGGUCUGCGACCAAAUCAUUCCGUUGCCAUUAAACCGGCGCGGUUUUUGCACCUCUGUCCGGCGAUCGUUUACCAGCUCGAUCGCAGGGCUUGCGAUGUCAGAGUCAAUCCACCGCCGACGUUCAAGUUCAAAGUAGGACCAAGUAAAAAGGUGUCGCGGACCGAGGCCUGGAUCCACGCGACUUUGGCCACUGGGGUGAUCAGCUCCGUGGGACUUCUGGCCGUUACCAUGGUGAAACUGACGCGGCGUCCGUCGUUCCUCCACUUCCUGGUCGCCCUGGCUGUCGGCACGCUCAGCGGGGACGCCCUGCUACAUCUUCUGCCGCAUGCUCUGCUUUCAGAGGAUAUGGAUCACGAGACCGCUGCGCUCAGAUGUAGUGCGACCUUCUUAGCCGUCGUACUUUUUUACGCACUCGAGGCCACCCUUUUCCUCGUCAGGUUACCUAAUCUUCGGAAGAAGGCGGCUCCAGGCGACGAACGCGACGUCUCUUUCGAGCUCGGGGCCACAUCGGCUGUGAAUAAGAGCGUGGAGGAGGCCGACUCGAUGCUGACGCAGCACGGUCACUCCCACGGUCUCCCCGAGGGAAAAUCGUCCUCCCUGGUCUUCCUCGUCCUCGUCGGCGACGGGCUCCACAAUAUGGCAGACGGCCUCGCGAUCGGCGCCUCCUUCGCCAGCGACCCGGUCGCUGGGUUGGCGACAACAAUAGCUGUCUUCUGCCAUGAGCUGCCUCACGAACUCGGUGAUUUCGCGGUCCUGAUCAACGCUGGAAUGAGCGUGAGACGGGCUUUGAUGUAUAACCUUCUUUCUUCGGCACUCAGCUUCGUCGGCGCCGCGGUCGGUGUCUGCCUUGGCGAAAUCGGGAACGCAAGCCACUGGAUAUACGCUGUGACCGCUGGCAGCUUUAUGUACAUCGCCUUGGCCAAUUUGGUACCAGAAAUGAUGAGGUUUGUGAAAACCGACGCGAAGGCACAUGGAAUUCUUAUCCAGCUCUCAGGAAUCGCUGUCGGAGGCAUGUUGAUGCUGCUUAUCGCUCUACAUGAGGAAAAGCUCAUGGGUCUUCUUUCAUAAAACGAUUCUACUCCGUAGAGCGUCAAUUAUCUUCGUUGGUAUAUGCGUUCGAAUAGGAUCACGAAAAUUAUGCCGAAUUAGUUCCAGCGUAGUCGUCACGUAGGAAAAGAAAAUUACCAGUUAUGACUCACGGUCGCAUGUUCCAUACCAAAUAAGAAAUCGUAUACAUACUAAACUAUACGUUCGACUCAAGCCAACACAACUAAAUAUUGGAGUAUAGACUGUAUGAUAUUUCAUUUGACUAGUUUCAUUCGACACAAAUAUGCAGUUGUAGGCACGAAUAUCGUGUGGAUAUGGCAUAUCCGUGUA